AUGAAUAUCCCUGCGGGGUUUUCGGUGAAGUUGGGCAAUCAGCUCGGGUUCAACGCUUACGCUAACUUGCGUGGCCCCUUUGUGGCUCGGCGUGACGUGCCGCUCUUGCCAAAGAACCCUCGGGCGGGCGAGAGAGAAAUUUAUAAAGCCCGCGUGGAGGAGGUGUGGGUCAUGCCAGAACGAAUUCGCCCAGAGACCCUGCCAGCAGCAGGGGGAAUGAAAGAACGGCGCCGUGGCAAGAGGAUGGUGUCUGAAAACACGAACACACUCAGCCAUGUCGACACCCUGAUUUGGGGGAGCGACAUCGACAAGAGUGAUGGACUUCUAAAGCAGUGCGAUUCUGAAAUUUACAAGGGCGCUUCUGGCCUGAACGCCAAGGCGGAGCGCACCCCGAUCUACGGCUACAUGCCACCUGUUUGCUACCGAACCUUCGGUCCCGAAGGGCCGGUUCGGGUCCAGUGA